AUGUCUACCCGGAGCAUUCCGACGCUAUGGCGGCGGAUGGAGGCCCUUCCGGCGGGUGCUGAGCUUUUUACUCGUGUUCUGAUGUUCCUCGAUGUUGUGAGCAUUUCGAGACUUCUGUAUGUGGAAAAACGGAGUCGCACGAGUGUCCGUAUGCUGUUCUCGACCAUCCAAACGAUACGCGCGCGAUUAGCUUUAGCAUCGCUGUGUUUUUCGCGUCUGCGUGUGGAGUUUCAAGCGUAUUACCAAGUACUGGAGACCAGGAACAUCCCAAGGUCGGACGACCCGCGAGUUCCGCCUCGUGUGGUCUCUGUUUGGACCGAAAGAGGACAGGUUGCUGGCUUCAUGUGGGGCACUGCCACGGCCUCGUACCAAGUGGAGGGCGCCACCAACGAAGGUGGACGUGGCGACAGCAUCUGGGACGCUUUCUCUCGGACACCCGGCAAGAUCGUGAAUGGAGACACGGGUGAGAAGGCGGUGGAUCACUACCACCGCUACAAGGAGGAUGUGCAACUCAUGAAAAAGAUGGGACUCAAAGCCUACCGCCUCUCCAUCGCCUGGCCGCGCAUCAUCCCUGCUGGAAUCGGCAAAGUGAACGAAGAGGGCGUCGAGUUCUACAACAAUCUCAUCAAUGAGCUGUUGGCCAACGACAUCACGCCGCUCGUGACGCUGUACCAUUGGGAUCUGCCUUUGGCUCUGCAGACCGAGUAUGACGGCUGGCUGGGUGGCAAGUUCAUCCAGGACGCCUUCGUGCAAUACGCUCGCGUGUGCUUCCAGCGCUUUGGAGACCGUGUGAAGAACUGGUUGACGCUGAACGAACCGUGGUGCUCGGCCUUCCUUGGCUAUGGCAUUGGCGUUCACGCUCCCGGUCGCAAGUGUAAGCCGCAGACGGAAGUGUAUCUGUCAGCUCACAACCUGCUGUUGGCCCAUGCACGCGCUGUUGAAGCGUAUCGCAACGAGUUCCAAGCUGUGCAAAAAGGAAGAAUUGGUAUCACGCUCAACUGUGACUGGCGUGAACCGGCACCAACGGAUGAUCCCGCGCAGAAGGCCAAGAACGAAGAGGCCGCAGAGCGUUCACUACUCUUCUUCCUGGGCUGGUUUGCUGAUCCAGUCUACAAGGGCGACUAUCCACAAGUCAUGAAAGACCGCUGUGGACUGCGGCUGCCGAAGUUCACUGAAGACGAGAAGAAGUUGCUGAAAGGCAGCUCGGACUUCUUUGGUUUAAACCACUACGGAACCAGCUACACUAAACCAUCGGCCGAGUACGAGGCCAAGAUCGCACCACCGAACGACGCCACUGGUGGCUAUGGACUUGAUGAAGGCACGAAGCUGACGUCGGACGACUCCUGGAAGCGUACGGACAUGGGCUGGAACGCCGUAGGCUGGGGGUUUCAGAAGCUGCUGGUCUGGAUUCAGAAGCGCUAUGCAGUCCCUAAUGGCAUUCUGGUCACGGAGAAUGGCUGUGCGUGGCCGGAUCGCACGAAGGAGGAGGCCCAGAACGACGAUUUCCGAGUGGGUUUUUAUAAGGAAUACCUCACGGGUCUGCACAACGCUAUUGCGGAAGGCGCAGAUGUCCGUGGAUACUUCGCUUGGUCUUUCAUUGACAAUUACGAGUGGGCCGAGGGCUACACCAAGCGUUUCGGACUGCACUGGGUCAACUACGAGACCUUGGAACGUACUCCCAAGAAGUCGGCGCUUUGGUACGGCGAUGUCAUUCGCAAUAAUGGAUUCGCUGCUUAA